UUUACGACACGUAUAUCCGGCGGUUCCGUCGCGGUUGCUAGGAGAAAGCGUCUUCCUCAUGGUUACCGUCGCAGUUAGCCAAACAGCUGCUGUUUAUCCUGCUGAGAUCGUCUUUUAUAGCGUGUAUAUCUCUACAGGUCUGACAGAAAACACAUCAGAUAUGUUCAGCGACGGCUGUGCGUCAAAUAUCGUUAGUGAGAUUGUGUAUCAAUGAGCUCCAGAAAGUCUCUAAAGAUGGGUGAGGAUCUGGCAAGUGAAAGUGAUCUGCUGUCAAUGAUCAACGAGUAUCUGAGGUUUGCUGAGUUUGAAGAGACUGCGAGAGUGGUUGAGAAGGCGGAGCUCAAGCGCAAAGGCAAACCUGCCCUCAGAAGUGCAGGACACUCCCGGCGAGACUCCAGUGCCAUCGUCAUUCACGACGAUUUCCUCAGCUCUUUUAAUGAUGGCGACUAUAAGGUAUUCUCUGAGCUGUGGGCUAAAAAUAUUCCUCCGGAGAUUCGGGAUUUUGAUCCAGUAGCUCAGAAACUUGAGUUCUACUUACAAAUUCAUUUUACAAUAUACCCACUGAAAUUCCCUGUAGGAAGUCACGAUAAAGGAGAGUUGGAGAGCAGGAUCACACAUUUCAAGCACUAUCUGGAGACCAGAGGGGCGGCACUGAGCCAGACCACUGAAUUCCUGCCGUUCUACGCCCUGCCGUUCGUCCCUAAUCCCACGGUACACCCGUCCUUCCAGGAGCUUUUCCAGGAUUCCUGGAUGCCAGAGUUGAGAGAAAAGCUGGAGAAGUUUCUCUCAGUGAUUUUGAAAGCUUCAAACACACCGAGGCUUCUGACUUUAUUAUGUAUCCUUUUGUGUAUAUUGUUGAGAAGCAAUUCAGCAAAUGCAGCUCAUCUGACCGAUGGGCCAAGGAAGUCGGCCAUCACAGAUGAGGAGAGAUUCGCUAAAGCUGCAGGCCGACCCAUCACAGCCUCAUCGGAUGUCACGGCCGAGCUGGUGGAUUCACUGGAGGCCACAGUCCCGUGGAAAGAUGGCAAGCAUACCUCACACUCACACAUUAUCUGCACAAUUCCAGCAAAUGCAGAGGGAAAAUUCUCUACAUUGCUUAGGGCUAUAUGGGGGAUGUUUUUGCAGAUCUCCCCAAGAGUACCUGGGGAGGCAGCGGUGUGCAUGCGGCUCUUCAGCGGUACACAUGAGACAGAGUGCUGCUCUCAGAGCGUGGACUUCACAGACCUGCACGAGGCCCAAAGAGGUGCCAUUGUUGCCUUCCUUGACUACGAAGCUGAAGAAAGACCUAGUGAAUGGAUCAGAUCAACUGAAGGCUUUGCUGCUUCAAGCUUUGCUUGGUAUUGUUUUGAGCAAAAUGUUAUUUCACUUAUUCUCAAUUCUCAAGAAUCUUGGAGCAGAAUUUUCACAAAAUUACCACUGUAUAAAUUGUGUAUAAAUCUCUGUCUUUAUUUCCGAAAUGUGUUUAUCGUGGUCUCAUGCACUAUAUCACGCCCAGGACGCAUGUACCUGUCUCAGAUUCCCUCUUUACUGAGGUUUCUGCUCGACUGUCUGAAGACUGAAGAGAAAGAGUCUGUAACUCGAGAAAAUGUCCUUGGAGCACUGCAGAAACUCAGCCUCAGGUGUGGCGAGGCACAACAGUCCGCUAUGAUCAGAGACGGUCUGAUUGGCUGGUUGGUCAAAAGGCUCCAUGACUCCGACUGUCUGUCAGACUACACGCUUGAAUAUGCCAUCUCUCUCCUCAUGAACCUCUGUCUGGCACUCAAGGGGAAAAAGAAAUGCGCAGAGGAGGCCAAGCAUGUCCUGAAAGUCCUGACAGAGCUCCUGGGACAUGAGAACCAUGAGGUAAAUCACAUCAUUUCACCACCAUUAUAUUCCAUCCUCUAUUGCGAUAUAUGACGCAACAAAGCCAAACAGAUGAGUAUGGAGGAGAUCUUACGCUGUUACAGUAAAGAAGAAAAUCCUGAACUCAACAGACAAAUCGAAUUCAUCAUCAAACAGCUUAACUCUGCGGACAUCCCUGAACAUGAACCUGAGUCAGAUGAUGAAGAGGACGACGACGACGACGAUGAGGAAGAUGUGAUGGAGGCAGACCUAGAUAAAGAGGAAGUCCUGCAGCCUCAGCCGAAAGAGCUCAGCGGAGAAUCUUUGCUGACAACAGAGUAUCUCGGGAUAAUGACCAACAUGGUGAAGAUGAAGAGGAGAUCAUAUCCUCCAUCAACACGCAGCAUAGACGAGCCACUCCAGAGGCCCGUUACGCCCAGUUCCCACAAAAACACCAUAGCUGGUGGUGAUGGAGUCUACGCUGUUACCCGACAGAGAAGUGAAGAUAGCCCCGCCCACUCCCGCUUUAGUUCCCGCCCACCUACUCGCACUGGCAGCCGCCCCAGCACUGCUGAAUCCAUCCACCAAACCCUGGCCACCGAUUCAGAAUGCUGGCGUUCCUCUGUGGAAUCGGGACUCACGGGGUCCCCGGAAAGACAAGGCCAGAACAGCACCAAUGGCCACUUGUACAGUGGCCAGAACGUAGGCUUUGCAAACCGGCCAAAGAUUCCUCGCACCCCUGACAGUGACGCAGGCCGGACUGGCAGGCCUCGUCUUCCCCCGCUGGCCCCCCAGUUCUCCAACAGCGAGCCCCAGCAGAGCAGCAGCAGGCCCGGUUCAUCAGCGGGCUCCGGCGGGCGGCCCAGCCAGCAGAGCAGCCAAUCGAAUAGAAAGUGAAAAAAAGAGAAGCUUUCAGCAGGAGAAGCCUAUCGCCAGAGGAGCAUCCAACUUCCUGUAACAUCAUCCAAGUUUCUUAUCGCGGUCAGGCCAACAGAGAUGGUCCAGGGCCUGUGGAACAAAGCUGAGGAUUGUGGCCUUUAGCCCCUGCCACAGAGUGCCUCUGUAACACAACACACUCGAGCAAUAAUCACAACAAGUACUUUCAUUGUCCCACAACCUUCCUAACGCCUGGCGCUCCGCUCCUGCUUUGUUACUCUUGAACCUCGACCACCCUCGCUCAGCGGAAGCAGAUAGAUUUAAAAUCAUACAAGAAUGAAGGUGUUUUCAGUCUUGCGCGUGUGAUUUGAUGCCGUUUUAUUGUUUUCGCCAUUUUUUGUGUACCUUUUAGUCAUAAAACGUCAUAUUGACCUGUAGUUGACCUGUAGUGCUGUGUGUAAUAGACCUGAUGGAAGAAACUAAUGCUGGUAACCUUGAAGAUUCAGAUUGAUGUUUACACCUGUAGCUUGCAAUUUUAGGCUUGGUUUGUGCAUUGAAGUGUUUUAAAGUCAUGAAUUGUGUGAGUGAAUAUUUUUUCAUAAAAUAUAAUACAUUUUAUACAAAAAUAUCCUGUUGUGUCAUUACAAAAUAUAACCAACAAAAAGCUAUGGGAAAUACUUCUGGUGAUCAAUUAAAACUAUUUUAUUUUAUAGGCUAAAAAAAAUUGAUUU